AUGAGGUUGGAGUGGUCUUCGGCUUGUUUAGUAGAAGAAGAAGAAGAAGAAGGAUAUUUUAUUAGCGAUGAUAAAGGGAGACCUACUAGAGAUGAUAGUGGGGUAAUUUCCAGUAGUAUUGAUGGUCUCGUCUGCUUCUAUGCCUUCACAAGAGAAAUUACAGUGAUGAACCCAGCCACGAAAUGGUCCUACAAGCUGCCUCUUCCCAACAUUCAAAUAGACUACGAUGACUCAGAGUCAAAGAUCCCUUCACCAGGAUUUGGAAAAGACUACGUUACAGGAACAUACAAAAUAGUGUGGUUACAUAGCAUUAGCAACUACGACACCACCUUAUCAUGCGAGAUUUUCGAUUUUGGAGUCAAGCAAUGGAGGCUGGUGACUCCACCUCUUCCUGAGCAUCGCUUAAACCAUGACAACUUACCAACUUUUGCAAACGGAUGGCUUUAUUGGUUCCACCUAGACGCGACCAAGUUGAUUGCUUUUGAUCUUCACAUGGAGAUGUUUCAAGUCAUUCCAAAUCCUAUUAUUGAGACAUCAUCGUCAUCUGUUGUUGAUAUGGACUUGGGCAGCAUAGGCGAUGACCGUCGUCUUGUGUGGGCUUUAGAGACAAAUGGAGAUGGCAUGCAACACGUUUGGAGGCUCACUAACCACAACACCGGAGGGGCAUUAUUAAAAAUGGAUAAAAUGUUCUCCAUUGACUUGAACAAGAUUAACCCCACUUAUAUGCCCCCUGAUAUUUCUAGGCUCUUCCACCCUAGUGCAAUUUCUAAGAAUGGUAACAAGUUCAAGUUUCAGAUUUAA